CACCGUUACUUAUUUUCUUCUUCCACAAACAAUCGGUGUUCAACUUUGACGAUCUGAAAAAAAAACAAAGAAGGUAGCAUCAAUGGCUAUUGGCGAUGUUCUUCCGAAAGAGUACGGAUAUGUGGUCAUCGUUGUCGUCUUCUACUGUGUACUCAAUUUCUGGAUGGCAUUCCAAGUCGGUGGAGCUCGCAAGAGGUACAAAGUUGCGUAUCCAACACUAUACGCAACCGAGUCUGAAAACAAAGAUGCUAAGCUCUUCAACUGUGUUCAGAGAGGUCACCAGAACUCACUAGAGAUGAUGCCGAUGUACUUCUUACUCAUGAUCCUUGGUGGGAUGAAGCACCCUUGCAUCUGUGCAGCCCUUGGCUUGCUCUACAACGUUAGCAGAUUCUUCUACUUCAAAGGCUAUUCCACUGGUGAUCCUAUGAAGCGCCUCACCAUCGGGAAAUAUGGCUUCUUGGCAAUGCUAGGUCUUGCCGUCUGCACAAUCUCGUUUGCCAUUACACUGCUUCGCGCCUGAGCUUAACGUUUAAAUGCUUUUGGUUAUUGCUAUACUCUUUUGGUUUCUCU